AAUGAGGUUCUAAGCUCAUGAAUGAGUUUAUUUCUAAUGGUGAGAGAAUUAAGCUUAAAGAAGAAAAUAUAAGGAAAAGGUCUAUCCUGUUACGCUAUAAAAGAAUACAUAAAGAAUGGCGUACAGUUGGCAGUCAGAUGCAAAUCCCAAUGAAACACAUGAAGAACAGUAUGAACACCGAGACUUUCACUCUGUAAACCAAUCUCAUUCUUCUAGCCAAGUCAGUCUGGGUUUUGAUCAGCUAGUGAAUGAAAUCAGUAAUAAAAUUCCACUUUAUCAGAGAAAUAUUCCAGAAAACACCCUUUAUGUGCCCCAUGCACUACACUGGGACUCAAAAAGGCAUUCGUUGGCUGGAACACACCAAAUGCCCUUGAAUGAAUUUCCUUCUAAAAGCCCAGAACUUUCUUGGAAUCAAAGUGGGAAAACUGUAGCUGUUGGUUUUAAUCCCUCUGUGCUACAAAAACCAGAAGUGAUGAAUAAACAAAGCUCUUGGGGAAACUCCAUAAGAAAAUAUCAUGGCGGUGAUGGUUCCAGUAUUGUGCAUCCAUCAUGCACUGAUUUGGAUAAAAUUAAUCCACAAAGAGAAUUGAAAAAUGAAAAUCAUAACUACAAUAUAGGAUUUGAAAGCAUUUCUCAUGUAUACUCAUCCUUCUCAACUGACUUCAUGCCAAAAGACGAGAAUAAAAGAAGUAGAAAUGUCAACACUGUAGAUCCUUCUCCAAUGCUCUUUAAAGAUUCUUUUUUGCCCAGAACACGGGAAAAUACACGGCCAGAAAACAUAGAGCCAAUAGGCUGUUCCAUUCAGAUCAUUGAAGUAUUGCAAGGCAGUAAUAUGACUCUGGCCUCCUUUUGUGACAAAGUGAAAAAAAUAAGAGAAACAUAUCAUGCAGCUGACAUUAAUUCCAAUUCUGGAAAGAUCUGGAGCCCCAUUACUGCAUUUCCAUUCCAGCUGUUUUCUAAUAGCAAGUUCAACCUCAGUAUUUUUAUUGAUGAUUCAGGACAACUACUUCAUCUUACACCAUAUGGGGAUUAUCUUGUCAAAGACUUAAUUGCAGAAAUUCUACACCUAUGUACAAGUGACCAGCUCUGUCCCAAAGAUCAUCUUCUCAGUGUAUGUGGCUCUGAAGAAUUUUUACAGAUUGACCACUGUUUGGGGAGCCACAAAAUGUUUCAGAAAAAUAAAUCUGUUAUUCAACUUCAUCUACAGAAAAAUAGGACAGCUCCAGGAAAGUUAUCUAGAAAGCCUGAUGAUGACUACAGUGAGUUGCACCUGAACCAACUUCUAGAAUUUACACACAUUUGGAAAGUAUCCAGACAGUGCUUGUCAACUGCAAUAAAAAAAUAUGACUUCCACCUAAAAAACCUAUUGUCAACCCGGGAAGAUGAACAGAAGAAAAGUUUGUCACCAGACUUUUCCAAUGUUCGAAAUACUUUUCAGCAAUACGUGGAUAAUAUUAUAGAAGAAGUUAAAAAUCUAUGCAGUGUCCUUGGCUGUGUUGAAACCAAACAAAUUACAGAUGCAGUAAAUGAACUAAAAUUAAUUCCUCAGAGAACAGGAGAGAAUGUUCAUCAGAGUUCAGAGACUUCAACAAAAGGCUUUAUAGAGAAAGUGACAACUAAACUAUCCAUGUCCAUCUACCAGCUAAUUGGCAUCUACUGCAGCAGCUUCUACGCCGAUUUUCAGCCGGUGAGUGCACCCGGAAGCAUUUCCCCGGUGCACCCCGGGCUAGAUUCCCACCUCAGCUUUACGGUGUCAGCGAUGCACAACAUCCCAGAGCCAUGGGUGCACAGCUAUGAAACAUUUUUGUUUUCCUGUUGGCUUACAUAUGCUGGAAAGAAGUUGUGCCAAGUGAGAAACUACAGAAAUAUUCCGGUCAAAAAAUUAUUUUUUUUACUGGUCAACUGGAAUGAAACGAUCAAUUUUCCUCUUGAAACAAAAUCACUCCCGAGGGAAUCCAUGCUAACAAUAAAAGUGUUUGGGAUUGGCUGUACAAGCAACAGUGCAGAAUUAUUGGCCUGGACCUGUCUUCCAUUGUUUCCCAAAGAAAAAUCCAUUCUCGGGUCUAUGCUGUUCAGCAUGACAUUACAGAAUGAGCCUCCUAUAGAAAUGAUAGCUCCAGGAGUGUGGGAUGGAAGUCAGCCAGGCCCGGUGACCUUGCAGAUUGAUUUUCCAGCUACUGGAUGGGAGUAUAUCAAACCUGAUUCUGAAGAGAAUAGAACUCAUCUUGAAGAACCACCAAGAGAGUGUUUGAAACAUAUUGCCAGACUUUCACAGAAACAGACUUCUUUAUUACUCUCUGAGGAAAUGAGAAGAUACUUAUGGUUUUAUCGCUUCUUCUGCAAUAAUGAAAACUGCUCCCUUCCUUUGGUCCUGGGAAGUGCCCCUGGAUGGGAUGAAAGGACCAUUUCAGAAAUGCACACCAUCUUGAGAAGGUGGAAAUUUUCUCACCCUUCAGAAGCACUUGGGCUUUUGUCUCCCAGCUUUCCAGAUCAAGAAAUUCGUGAAGCAGCUAUUCAACAAUUGGACAACCUCUUGAAUGAUGAACUAUUGGAGUAUCUCCCACAGCUUGUUCAGGCUGUCAAGUUUGAGCGGAGCCUGCAGAGUCGUUUGGUGGAACUUCUCCUGCACCGUUCCUUGCAGAGCAUUCAGGUGGCUCAUCGUCUUUACUGGCUGCUAAUGGAUGCACAAAAUGAAGCUUAUUUUAAAAGUUGGUAUCAGAAGCUGUUGGUUGCUCUCCAAUUCUGUGUAGGAAAAGCCUUGAAUGAUGAAUUUUCCAAGGAGAAGAAACUUAUCAAAAUCCUGAGAGACAUCGGGGAAAAAGUCAAGUCUGCCAGUGACUCUCAAAGACAGGAGGUACUAAAAAAAGAGAUUGGCAGAUUAGACAAAUUCUUUCAAGAUAUAAAUACUUGUCAUCUUCCACUGAACCCUGCGCUGUGUAUAAAAGGGAUCGACCAUGAUGCAUGUUCAUAUUUCACAUCUAAUGCUUUGCCAUUGAAGAUUACUUUCAUCAAUGCUAAUCCACUGGGCACAAACAUCAGCAUCAUUUUUAAGGCUGGAGAUGAUCUUCGCCAGGAUAUGCUUGUUCUACAGAUUAUUCAAGUGAUGGAUAACAUUUGGCUACAGGAGGGUCUAGAUAUGCAAAUGAUCAUUUAUAAAUGUCUAUCCACAGGAAAAAGCCAAGGGCUUGUGCAGAUGGUGCCUGAUGCUGUAACUCUUGCAAAGAUCCAUCGUCAUUCUGGGCUCAUUGGACCACUGAAAGAAAAUACAAUCAAAAAGUGGUUCAGUCAGCACAACCACAUAAAGGAAGAUUAUGAAAAGGCCUUAAGUAACUUUUUCUGUUCCUGUGCUGGCUGGUGUGUGGUAACCUUCAUCCUGGGAGUUUGCGAUCGCCACAAUGACAACAUCAUGCUGACAAAGUCAGGGCACAUGUUUCAUAUUGACUUUGGAAAAUUCCUAGGUCAUGCACAAACAUUCGGAGGGAUUAAAAGGGACCGAGCCCCUUUUAUUUUUACCUCAGAGAUGGAGUACUUUAUUACAGAGGGGGGGAAAAAGCCACAACAUUUUCAAGACUUUGUGGAGCUUUGCUGUAGAGCAUAUAAUAUUGUCAGAAAGCACAGCCGACUGCUCUUAAACCUUCUAGAAAUGAUGCUGCAUGCAGGAUUACCUGAGCUAAGUGGAAUCCAAGACCUGAAAUAUGUGUAUAACAACCUUCGUCCACAAGACACAGACCUGGAAGCAACAAGUCAUUUUACCAAGAAAAUAAAGGAAAGUCUGGAGUGUUUCCCUGUUAAAUUGAACAAUUUGAUCCACAUACUCGCACAAAUGUCAGCCGUGAACCCUACCAAAUCUCCUCCGAUGUCCUCCCGGGAAUCCUGUGUGCUAAGUACAGCCGGGUCAAUUCAAAGAGCAACAAUUUUAGGGCUCAGCAAGAAACCCAGCGAUCUGUAUUUGAUCCAGGUGACACAUGGGAAUGAGGAAACCAGCCUGAUAGAAAAGUCAUUUGACCAGUUUUCAAAAUUUCACAGCCAACUUCAGAAGCAGUUUACAUCACUGACUAUCCCAGAGUUUCCUCAUUGGUGGCACUUACCUUUUACAAAUUCAGACCACAAAAGAUGCAGAGAUCUAAAUCAUUACAUGGAGCAGAUAUUACACAGACCAUAUGAGGUUAAAAACAGUGACUGUGUGCUUACUUUUUUCCUUUCUGAGCCUGUGCAACGAACAAUUGAAGAAUCUUCACUUGUGGACCUAGGUGAGAAGUCUUCAGACAAGAAUCCUAAGGUGCAGCUAGUGAUAUCAUAUGAGGAUGCGAAGCUGACUAUACUGGUGAAACACAUGAAAAACAUUCAUCUCCCAGAUGGCUCUGCGCCCAGUGCACAUGUUGAAUUUUAUCUUUUACCAUAUCCCAGUGAAGUUCGUAGGAGGAAAACAAAAUCAGUUCCAAAAUGUACCGACCCCACUUACAAUGAAAUUGUGGUGUAUGAUGAAGUUGCAGAGCUCCAAGGACAUGUCUUAAUGCUUAUUGUGAAGAGUAAAACUGUUUUUGUGGGAGCAAUUAACAUCCAGCUCUGUAGUGUCCUGCUCAAUGAAGAAAAAUGGUAUCCAUUGGGAAACAGCAUAAUUUGACCAUUACAAUGAACAUAUGCAUUAUUUAUUAACUACUUGUACUUUUUUUCACUUUUAGGUCUCUUUAUCACAAAAGCAGGACAUCUUUGUUGCAUAGGGUAUUAAGGACAUAAGAAAAAGAGAUCAAAAUCUAUCUUUUAUAAUUAUUUAUUCUCUCUUUGUUCUUUCCUUGAUUUUUUAGGAUCUUUACUCCUUAAAUGAAGUGUAAGGUUCAAUAUGUAAAAUAAGAAAGACAAUUUUAAUACAUCCUUUAAAUCCACUAUAUGUACACAUUUUGUCUUAUUUGCCUACAGUUAAAAGUAAUAUUUUUGAUGUAUUUUCCAAGAAAGAGAAGCAAAUCAAUAAAUCCAAUCAAUUAAUUCAAAUUCUAAGUA